GUUCACGGGCCAUCGGCUUCAACAACCAGGACAAUGUUACCUAUAUCAACCCCUAAGUUACUCUGAAACACUUACAGAAUACUGACUUUCUCGUUUUAAGUAUAUCGGACGUAAACGACCAGUUUAAGGAAACAAGAGUUACUUCAUCACAGACGCAUGAAGUUAAUCCCACGUUAAUCCCAAAGCUUCGCGGCUUAGUCAAUGAGAUUGCUGAGACCAACGGACGCGGACGCCACAUACGAGGACUGUAUUUGGAAACCCGAGUCAUCUGCCACUUUGUCGUCUGCUUGUUCCAGUAGAGGAGGGCGAGAUCCAGGACCUGAUCCAGCACGAGAUCCAACACGCAAAGGCUCAGAUGACAACGCUGUAUUGUUCCAGAGGCGUGUGAAGCAAACCACACAGACGCGAGGAACUGAACACUGCUGUAGUAGCGUGCUGAGUUGCCUAGGUAACCGUUUCCUCAGAUGAUCCAGAAAUAAUUUGAAAACACAGCAGCAACACACAAAAGUUUUCUUCCUGUGACGGACAGCAAUCAAAUCACAUCUUAAACGGACUGUCACACGAUUAGGUCAGGGAACAUCGGCUACACAGACUCCACCACCACCUCUUCCAUCUCCUGCAACAAUGGCGUUUAGCUUGACCUUCCAAACUAUCCUGGACAGCAACAUUCGGCACAUCUACAGUGGCAGACCGAUGAACAUGGCGUACCGUCACUCCAAGGAGUACCCGAACAUGGACCAGCUCCGGCAACAGAAGGACAACCAGUACCUCAAGGACUACGUCCUCCGGGUAUCCGAGUAUAGGGCGGACUACCACUGCCUCGUGCCUCGUGCCCCGGCCUUUCGUAUCCUUUCCCGCCACGAAGUUGACGACAUUGUUGAACGGCUUCAUCAACCAAGGUCAAGAAAAGAGGACAAGGACGACCAGAAUCCACAAGGUCAAGGUGAGAAGCAGGUGAGCAAAGAAGAAAUGGAAGCCAUCACGGAACGUCUCUAUGGCAACGUUACCAAGGCGACGACUGUGAGGGUGAACCAGACUCGAGAAGCGGGACAUCCACCCCUCACAAGGAUCGACGUAUAGACGCGGACCCGACCCGACCUCGCACAACGAUCCUCGCGUGACGUCGGGGUUUAGUACAGCGUCAAGGUCAAAGCGUCACCUGUGAUAUGUGUUUGCCUGGUGUGUGACACAACGUUUGUGCAACCUGUUUGUUUUUUUCUGCCACGCUUAAGCUGUCUGAGAAAGGUAGUUUUGUUUUAAACAUAUUUAUUCACCAUAGUGAAACGGAUUGGAUACAAGAAAGGGAGUUCCGACAGCCGUAGCGUUUAGUGAAACGAGGCCCAGAUCUUCAACUGAUCAGUCGCCACUGAAUAUAUACGAGUGAUCCCAACCUCGAUAUCGCCAGACCCUCAGUUGAUUUCCUAUGCCACUGACAUAAAUAGACAUAUCCGGGAUGAGUUGUUAUCGUGGCGGUGUUGCACGUUCACAGCCAGGUGCUGUCAGCCCCUGUAGUCGCUGUAGGUCGACUGUCAACCUAUAGGACGUGAUAACCUACGUGGAAACAUUGAUUUAAUCGAUUUGGUUGACUGUUUGUACUACUGAUUAAAGUUGAAUGUUUAUACAUUGAACCAACUGAAA